AUGGCCCAUCUCACUCGAGGCUGGGCUAUUCCCAUCGAUGCGACAGAAUUUGUGGCAAGGAUCAAAGCUUAUCACAUCAAUCGCCAGGUGAUAGAUUCUCUCUAUGAUGAAAAGAAACCAUUGUUCUGCAAGCUAUCCCGUGAACUCCUCGACAAAAUAGUUCAGGAUUUCCUGGAACUCGAAUAUCGCCGCUUGCUACCGCACUCCCAGAAAUCGGGAAAGUGCUUUCAGAGCGCCUGUUACGCACAUGAGGAUGCGCACCUGAACCCCCGUUUGGGUACUUUACCACAUCUGCCCUCUAUCAAACAACGCUCAUUCGAAAAGCUCCAAUCAAUAUGGUAUGAUUGGCAGGACGGGCAUGCGCCACAUUUGGACCAGCGUUUCGCCGAUGCACUCCAUAAGCAGAUGGAAACCAUCUUUCAAGAGGACUUGGGGAGGCAUCAAAAGAUUUUGCAGAAAUGUGCCAGGAAUUUGGAGGCAUUCCAAGAAGAUCUGAAGUCUUUUGAAACUUACAACAUCCAGCCAGUCAUCCAGCUACUCAGUUGCACCCCUGCUGAAGCUGAUCCCCACUCAACCUACCCUGACGCUGACUUAACCUGUGUUGGCCGUUCCUGUCACAACCUUCACGUCUACGCCUUUCUUUUCAUGCCUAUAGAAGACGCUGAGUUCGAUCGACUAUCAAACUUACUACAUAAAGACAACCAGCGAGAUCGCCUAUGGAGGAGCGAUCGCCGGGUUGUGGAUCUCUUGAGGAGCGAUGAUCGGCUGAUCGCUUUACUAGCAUUGGAUGAUCGUCUACAAGAGAACCAUGAUCUUCUGAUGCCCACUGAACAGAAGACUGCCCUUCUCAAGGCAGCAAGAGUCCUCAAUCUAACAACUUCCUCCCAUCUGAAGCCUACAUAUCAUCGUGGUUGGGGCAAUUGGCUUGAAUAUCCGAUAGAUUCAGACGACCAGGGCGAGCAAUACGAUGGUGCUGCGGACGAUCGUGGCCGGUGCUUCAUUCCAUGGUGUAUCAAAGAUUUUGAUCGCAGACCAUGGCUUGCCAACCUACGUUUACCAGCACCCCUACGCCCAGGAGGAGGAAGCAAAGAAGACGACAAUCGCGUAGAUGAGAGUUUGCUGGAAUCUCUCGCAAUCUAA